GCCAGGAAAGAAACCUCGGGCGGUGACGUCACAUCGGAUAGGAAAUACUCGACGAUCCAAGGCGCUUCCGAAAUCGUACAGAGCGAGCGAGGGAGCUUCCUCUUCAUUAUGAGCAACAGGCAGCCCGGAACGCAGGCGUGUCAACUUUGCCCUCUUCCCUCCCACAGCUGCCUUAGAACGGAAUCUUAUCAGCAGAGGGUGGCUCAAUCGCACCCUCACCCCUUCGGGAGGCUGUUAAUGGACCAGGCGUCAGGGGCGCGGGGAGGCGAAAGAACACUCGCUCCUUUAAGGCGCGAUUUGAUCCGCCCCUCCUCACCCUUCGUGCCCUGCAGGGUAUUCCAGAGAGCAGCCAUGUCCACCCUGUACCCGUCUCUGGAGGACCUGAAGGUGGAUCAAGCCAUGCAGGCCCAGGCCAGAGCGGUACCCAGGAUGCCCGCCCUGCAGGGAACAGAAGACUCCCAGCCUUCAGUUUUGUACCCAAACCUGGCAGAGUUGGAAAAUUAUAUGGGUCUUUCACUCUCCAGCCAAGAAGUCCAGCAGAACCUGCCUCAGAUUCCAGAAGGUGCCAUUGCAGCGGUCUCGGGCCCCUCGCCGGGCCAGGUGGUGGCGCCGGUGUCCGGGAACAGCCUGGGGGCGCUGCGUGCAGAGAUCAAGCCCGGGGUACGCGAGGUUCACCUGUGCAAGGACGAGCGUGGCAAGACGGGGCUGCGGCUGCGGGCCAUCGACAAGGGGCUCUUUGUGCAGCUGGUCCAGGCCAACACCCCCGCAUCCUUGGUGGGGCUGCGCUUUGGGGACCAGAUCCUGCAGAUUGACGGGCGCGACUGUGCCGGGUGGAGCACAGACAAAGCCCACCGGGUGGUGAAGAAGGCAUCUGCCGAGAAGAUUGUCAUGGUCGUUCGGGACAGGCCAUUCCAGCGGACUGUCACCAUGCACAAGGACAGCACCGGCCAAGUCGGCUUCGCCAUCAAGAAGGGGAAGGUCGUCUCUUUGGUCAAAGGGAGCUCUGCGGCCCGCAAUGGGCUCCUCACCAACCACUGCGUGUGCGAGGUGAACGGGCAGAAUGUCAUCGGGCUGAAGGACAAAGACGUCACAGAGAUUCUGGCCACAGCCGGGAACGUCAUCACCCUGACCAUCAUCCCCACCGUGAUCUAUGAGCACAUGGUCAAAAAGUUGUCCCCGAUCCUGCUCCACCACACCAUGGACCACUCCAUCCCUGACAUCUGAAGCCACAGGAGAGCAGCUCAGCCCUCCCACCUUCCUGUAGGAAAGGGAGAGUCCUUGGGGACAGGCUGCAGAGGCCUGCUGCCUGGGGGCUGUCUCGAGAGGGGCAUGUUCUGGGUGGGGCGACACUGGAUCACAUGAGCCUGUCAUUUAUACACACUGGUCUCCUUGGAGCCUCAGCCUCUUAACUGGGCUAAGGCAGGGGCAGGGCCCACGGGCAGUGAUUCUCUGUGCUGAUUUAAAUGCUGGGCAUGUAGGCAGGCCGACUAAACACUUCCUAAAGUUGCAGCUGGGUCCCUUCCAAAAUUUUGCCUCUACCAGGAAAACAUUUUCACGUUUUGAGAGAACAAAUACGUUUUUGGUAAGCAUUGUUUCUUUUUCCUCUAUUUGUCCUUUGUCACAAACUGUAUGUAGUUAUAACCCUUCCCUGUCUUUUGAAUAAAGAUUUGAUUUUAAAUAAA